AUGCGCCGGAAAUAUGGCUCCUCCGCCGUCCAUGGACGAUCCGGUGGUGGAGGAUGGUUUAGGUGUUUGUAUAGUGAGACGUUGCGGAGUUCGAUAUGUGAAGGAGGUAGAAUUCGGAUGAAUCUGGAGAAGAUUCGGAUGUCGAAAGGAGGAGAGAGAUUGGAGACGGUGAUCGGGAGAGGAGAGGAUGAGGAAUUGCCGGAGUUUGAAUUUGGAGCUUUCGAUGUUGAAGUUCUUGAUAGAUCCAGUCGCGGAAAGAAGCUUGCGAGUGGAGAAUUCCUUGAUCAGUAUGUGCAAAAUGGUGCGAUUGAGAGGCACACUAUGCGUGGGUUAAUCGAUUCGAUUCGGCUAGUUGGCGCCAGUGAGUUUCAAUGCUCGGAGUGGGUCGAGGAGCCAACACUUUUAAUUACACGCUAUGAGUAUGCGAACCUUUUUCACACGGUUACUGAUUGGUACAGUGCAUACGUGGCUUCUAGAGUUACUGGCUUGCCUAAUCGGCCUCGUUUGGUUUUUGUAGAUGGUCAUUGUGAGACGCCUUUGGAAGAAACAUGGAAGGCAUUGUUUUCGAGCCUCACAUAUGCUAAAAACUUCAGCGGUUCAGUAUGCUUUCGCCACGCCAUCCUCUCACCUUUAGGAUAUGAAACUCCUCUAUUUAAGGGUCUGUCUGAAAACAUAAAUUGUCAUGGAGCAUUUGCACAUGACUUGUGGCAAAACCCUGAUGAUCAGAAAACUGCACGACUGUCGGAGUUUGGAGAGAUGAUUAGAGCAGCUUUUGGGUUUCCUGUAAAUCGGCACCGUACCCCAAAACUGGUCUCAGGACACAAUGUCCUAUUUGUUCGACGCGAGGAUUAUUUAGCUCAUCCACGACAUGGUGGUCAGGUCCAAUCAAGGCUUAGCAAUGAACAACAAGUGUUUGAUUCUAUAAAGAGCUGGGCAUCAAGUCAUUUGGAAUGCAAAGUGAAUGUUAUUAAUGGACUAUUUGCACACAUGCCCAUGAAAGAGCAGGUUCGAGCCAUUCAAGAUGCUUCCGUCAUUGUUGGAGCCCAUGGGGCUGGUCUCACUCACAUAGUUUCUGCCACAGCAAAAACAGUGGUUCUUGAGAUCAUUAGCAGCGAAUACAGACGCCCGCACUUUGCAUUGAUUGCUCAGUGGAAAGGGUUGGAGUAUCAUGCCAUAAAUUUGGAUGGCUCUUAUGCUAAUCCACCCAUGGUUAUCAACAAGCUUAGCAGCAUCUUAAAGAGUCUUGGGUGCUGA